AGUAACCUGUUGUGGAUCUUCUGUCUGAUCUUGAACCGGCCCAAUCUGCAUCAGUAUAUCCAACGACUUCAUUAUGACCUCGAUUUUGAUAUAGCAAUCCUCUACCAGGAGCUCCCUUAAGAUACUUCAUAAUUCGAAUUACAGCAUUCUAGUGAGUUUCAGUUGGUGAAUCUAGGAACUGACUGACAACACUCACUGCAAAAGAUAUGUCUGGUCUAGUAACUGUGAGAUAGUUCAGCUUACCAACCAGUUUGCGAUAUCGCCCAACAUCUGAAAAGGGUUAUCCUUCUCCUGGGAGAUAUGAGCCUCCAACGGAAGAUGCUACUAGCUCAGAUUCGGUCAAGACUGAUAUUCUUCCACCCUUUGUCUCAAGUAUCCCUGAGAUAUCCAUUCCCAAAGACGAGAAGGAGGAGGAGGAUUCCAAGGAAGCCACCACACAGCUGGCUGCUGAUAAUGGUGAUAGUGAUACAAUGGUUGAAGAUGGAAAACCUUCUCCAUUAGCAGGAACCAAUGUGAUGAAUGUUAUAUUGGUUGCUGCAGAAUGCGGACCAUGGAUUAAAACAGGUGGGCUUGGAGAUGAUGUGCCGUCGGAGGACGGGCUUCAGGCCACCAUCGAGAAGAGCAAGAAGGUCUUGGCAAUGCAGAGGGAACUCCUUAAUCAGAUCACUGCAAGAAGAAAACUCGUUUCGUCCAUAAGGAAUAGCACCACUGUGUUUGCAGAAGAUGAAAGUUCGGUCGGAGAGAAGGACAAACCUUUUUCAAGUCCUGAAGUUGAUUCAACUAGCGAUGUCAGUGACAGAAAUGGUUCAGUUCCUAGCCUUGAAGAACAAAGCAAGAACAUCUUUUCAAGCGACAGAAGAGCUUCCAAUGCUUCAUCUGAGGCAUCAGGAUCUGAACCUGCAACCAUAAACUGGAUUCGUGAUAUUGAUGAGGCAGUGCAUGAGGAAAAAUUCGAAUUCCCUUCCCAUGGCACUCCUUCUCCCGGGAGAUAUGAGCCUCCAACGGAAGAUGCUACUAGCUCAGAUUCGGUCAAGACUGAUAUUCUUCCACCCUUUGUCUCAAGUAUCCCUGAGAUAUCCAUUCCCAAAGACGAGAAGGAGGAGGAGGAUUCCAAGGAAGCAACCACACAGCUAGGUGCUGAUAAUGGUGAUAGUGAUACAAUGGUUGAAGAUGGAAAACCUUCUCCAUUAGCAGGAACCAAUGUGAUGAAUGUUAUAUUGGUUGCUGCAGAAUGCGCACCAUGGAUUAAAACAGGUGGGCUUGGAGAUGUUGCCGGUUCUUUACCGAAAGCAUUGGCCCGUCGAGGUCAUCAGGUUAUGGUGGUGGUUCCACGGCAUGGUAACUAUGCAGAACCACAAGAGACUGGAAUCAGGAAAUCAUACAGGGUUGAUGGCCAGGAUAUCGAAGUAACUUAUUUCCAGGCUUACAUUGAUGGUGUGGAUUUUGUUUUUAUCGACGCCCAUGUGUUUCGUCAUCUCGAAAAUAACAUAUAUGGAGGAAACCAGUUGGAUAUUCUGAAAAGGAUGGUAUUAUUUUGCAAGGCAGCUGUUGAGGUUCCAUGGCACGUGCCUUGCGGUGGUGUCUGCUACGGCGACGGGAAUUUGGUUUUCAUUGCGAAUGAUUGGCACACUGCGUUGUUGCCAGUCUAUCUUAAGGCCCAUUAUCGAGACAACAGUUUAAUGAAGUUCACCAGAUCAGUUCUUGUGAUUCACAACAUUGCUCACCAGGGAAGGGGCCCGGUGGAUGAUUUCUUCCGUGUGGACUUGCCCGAACACUACAUGGACCUCUUCAAACUCUAUGAUCCAGUGGGGGGCGAACAUUUCAACAUUUUUGCGGCUGGUCUGAAGACUGCAGACCGUAUAGUCACGGUGAGUCAUGGGUAUGCAUGGGAACUGAAAACCUCUGAGGGCGGCUGGGGUCUACACAACAUCAUCAACGAGAACGACUGGAAGCUGAGGGGGAUUGUCAACGGGAUUGACACGAGGGAGUGGAGUCCUGAGUUUGACAUCCACUUGACCUCUGAUGGCUACACAACUACACACUAGAGACGCUGCAAACCGGCAAGCCUAAAUGCAAGGCGGCCCUGCAAAAGGAGCUUGAAUUGCCUCUCCGCGAAGAUGUCCCCGUGAUUGGAUUCAUUGGACGGCUUUGAUACCAUAUUAAGGCUGCAGAAAAGAACAUCUAUGUCGAUGUUGGUUUCUGGGGAGGCCUAGUUCCUGAUAAUGCAUAUAAUUCAAGUGCCCUGGAAGCUCUUCUGCAGGCUGGUGUUCUCGGUCUAAAAUCUUUUAUGUGUCCAUCAGGAAUCGACGACUUUCCUAUGACUGAUGCUAGCCACAUCAAGGAGGGACUGUCUGUUUUGGCUAAGUACAGGAGACCGCUACUUGUGCAUGCAGAAGUACAACCGGAUUCCAUCAGCAUGCCAGACCUUGAUGGAGAUGAUCCGCG